AAAUUUUAGAUGCAAAGAGAGAUGCGAAUUGACGGUUCGUUGUUUUGGACUCAACUAGCGCAGUUCCUUAUUCAAUCUGCGCAUCAACUUGAGGUCUCCCCCAUCGUCAAAUACACGGCCUUGUCUCUCUUUUUUGAUCGGUUUCACCAUUGUCUUUCGAGUUACACGGAGAUAAGGAAUUUACGUGAGGGCAAUGACAAGGUAAACUGGCUUUUGCAACCCAUGACACAGAGCAAUUUGCAGCUCUUUGCACUUAUUUCGUUAUGGGUUUCAAGCAAAAUACAUGACUCUCGUCCUCUAUCUGUGAAAACUUACAAGUCUUUGGGAGAUAAAAUCAUUAGCGAUCAACACUUUACCGCUAGAGAUUUCUUGGAAGCAGAAACUGUCUUUUUGCAGGUUUUGGACUUUGAGAUCGGUUCAUCAAAUAUUGCUUUCUUAUUCCUUGAAGAACUCUUGCUUCAGUUCAAAGGAGUGGCAAAAAUUGGUGAAUUUGUGAGCUUUGAAGCAUGCAUGGAUCUAAUGGAUCUUCUUUAUGAAAAGGAGGAGACGUCAAUUCUUUAUCGUUCUCCUCGUUCUCUUGCCACAGCCAUCUUGGUUGCUGCAUAUGUCAUCACAGUACCUAAACAGGGAUGGGAGUUUCCAGUUCUUCACUGGGUGAAGUUUGUAACAGCAUUCAAAGAAGAGGAUACCGUUGAGCUUGUCCAAGACAUUCUCAAGCAUGUGUUUGAGCCAUGUUGAUUCCAAGUUCUUGAAGAAAAAGAAUCUUUUGGGUAUGUUUUCUUCAACCCCAUCAAAUAAUAGAAAUUGUUAGUCACUCAAUUACUGUGUUGGUGGAUAGUUUUUUGUUAGCAUGAUUUAGUUAAAAAAAAAUGUUGAGAUUAGGACAAAACAGGAAAGUGCAGCUGUGCAGGGAAAUAAUAAUGGACCCUUUUCUUCUCUC